GGAGCAGGAUGGGGGCUUCCACCCACACUUUCUUUAGGGGGGUCUCAAAAGCCCUGCAGCCUCAGUUCUGUUUAGCUCAGCCCCUGCUUUCCAGCUAAAACUGGGAGCUUCGACAGAAACAAAAAGUGAAGAUGCCAGAGCCUGUAAAGAAAACAGUUUCUGCCUUUAGCAAGAAGCCAAAGACAGCAGAGGUGACAGCAGGAAGCACAGCUGUGUUUGAAGCAGAGACAGAGAAAUCCGGUGUCAAGGUGAAGUGGCAGCGAGCUGGCACAGACAUCACUGACAGUGAGAAAUAUGUCAUCAGGGCAGAAGGAAACAAGCACUCCCUGACAAUCAAUAAUGUAGGAAAAGAAGAUGAUGUGACGUAUGCUGUCAUAGCUGGAAGUUCCAAGGUCAAAUUUGAACUCAAGGUCAAGGAACCAGAAAAGAGUGAGACAGUCAUUCCUGCUGAAGCUGCUCCAGCCCCAGCUGCCUCAGAGUCUCCUGCUCCACCAGUAGAAAGCAGCCAAAACACAGAAGUUGCACCUGCUGGGACUCAACCAGGAGAGCCUGUGGAUCCUAUUGGGCUCUUUCUGACACGACCCCAGGAUGGAGAAGUUACUGUUGGUGGAAACAUCACAUUCACUGCCACAGUAGCAGGUGAGAGCCUGCUGAAAAAACCAGCAGUGAAAUGGUUCAAAGGAAAGUGGAUGGACCUGGGAAGCAAAGUGGGACAACACCUCCAGCUACAUGACAGUUACGACAGAAAUAAAAAGGUGUACACCUUUGAAAUGGAAAUCAUAGAAGCAAACAUGACUUUUGCAGGAGGGUACAGAUGCGAGGUGUCUACCAAGGACAAGUUUGAUAGUUCUAGUUUCAACCUGACAGUCAAUGAAGCACCAGUACCUGGGGACUUGGAUAUUCGCACUGCUUUCCGACGCACGAGCCUGGCAGGAGGGGGCAGACGGGUGACUUCAGCCUUUCUCAGUACAGAGGGACAGGAAGAAGGUGGAGAGUUUGAUUUUACUUCCCUUCUGAAAAAGAGAGACAGCUUCCUGCGCUCAACAAAUCGAGGUGAAGCAAAAUCUGAAGCACAGUCUGAUGUCUGGGAAAUCCUGAGGAAAGCUCCUCCUUCUGAAUACGAGAAAAUUGCUUUCCAGUAUGGAAUCACAGAUCUACGGGGGAUGCUGAAACGCCUGAAACGAAUGAAGAGGGAAGAGAAAAAAAGUACAGCAUUCCUCAAGAAACUGGAUCCAGCUUAUCAAGUGGACAAAGGACAAAAGAUUAAACUAAUGGUUGAAGUUGCUAAUCCAGAUGCUGAUGUGAAAUGGCUGAAGAAUGGACAGGAGAUCCAAGUGAGUGGCAGCAAAUACAUUUUUGAGGCUGUUGGGAAUAAGAGAAUUCUGACCAUAAACCACUGUUCCCUGGCUGACGACGCAGCAUAUGAAUGUGUGGUAGGGGAGGAGAAGAGUUUCACUGAAUUAUUUGUAAAAGAACCUCCAGUCCUGAUCACUCACCCACUGGAGGACCAGAUGGUGAUGGUUGGAGAGAGAGUGGAAUUUGAGUGUGAAGUGUCUGAGGAAGGAGCUACUGUGAAAUGGGAAAAGGAUGGAAUUGAGCUGACAAGGGAAGAAACAUUCAAAUACAGAUUCAAGAAAGAUGGGAAAAAGCAGUACCUAAUCAUCAAUGAGUCCACCAAGGAGGACAGUGGGCACUACACUGUGAAGACCAACGGGGGGGUCUCGGUUGCUGAACUAAUUGUACAAGAGAAAAAGCUGGAAGUUUAUCAGAGCAUUGCGGACCUGACAGUGAAGGCACGAGACCAGGCAGUCUUCAAGUGUGAAGUUUCUGAUGAAAAUGUGAAAGGCAUCUGGUUGAAAAAUGGAAAGGAGGUGGUACCUGAUGAGAGGAUAAAGAUCUCCCAUAUUGGCAGAAUCCAUAAGCUAAUUAUUGAGGAUGUAACCCCAGAUGAUGAGGCUGAUUAUUCCUUCAUCCCUCAGGGAUUUGCUUAUAACCUUUCUGCCAAGCUUCAGUUUUUGGAGGUCAAGAUUGAUUUUGUACCAAGAGAAGAACCUCCCAAAAUUCACCUUGAUUGUCUGGGCCAGUCCCCUGACACUGUUGUUGUGGUGGCUGGGAACAAAUUGAGAUUGGAUGUUCCCAUAUCAGGAGAUCCAGCACCCACUGUCAUCUGGCAAAAAGUGAACAAGAAAAGCAAUCUCCUUCGAAGCAAUGAUGAUUCCGUGACUCCUUCAGAAAAUGGCAAUGAUUUAAAUACUGACAGUGAGCUUCUGUUUGAAUCUGAAGGCAGAGUUCGUGUGGAGAAGCAUGAGGACCACUGUGUUUUCAUCAUUGAAGGAGCAGAAAAGGAGGAUGAGGGAGUGUACAGAGUUAUAGUUAAGAAUCCAGUGGGAGAAGACAAGGCUGACAUCACAGUCAAAGUUAUUGAUGUUCCUGACCCUCCAGAAGCUCCUGUGAUCAGCAACAUUGGAGAAGAUUACUGUACUGUGCAGUGGCAACCCCCUAAAUAUGAUGGUGGCCAACCAGUACUUGGCUAUAUUUUGGAGAGAAAGAAGAAGAAGAGCUAUCGAUGGAUGAGGCUGAACUUUGACCUUUUAAAAGAGCUCACCUAUGAAGCCAAGCGGAUGAUUGAAGGAGUAGUUUAUGAGAUGAGGAUUUAUGCUGUGAAUUCUAUUGGCAUGUCUCGGCCAAGCCCUGCCUCACAGCCCUUCAUGCCAAUUGCUCCUCCAAGUGAACCAACUCACUUCACAGUGGAAGAUGUUUCUGACAGCACUGUUACCCUCAAGUGGAGACCCCCUGAACGGAUUGGAGCUGGGGGAUUAGAUGGUUAUAUUGUGGAAUAUUGUAAAGAUGGAUCUUCUGAAUGGAUGCCAGCUCUGCCUGGCCUGACGGAGCGUACGUCUGCCCUGAUCAAAGACCUGGUCACUGGGGACAAACUCCAUUUCCGUAUCAAGGCCAUCAACUUGGCUGGAGAGAGUGGAGCAGCAAUCAUCAAAGAGCCCAUCACUGUUCAAGAGAUCCUGCAGCGUCCCAAAAUCUGGCUGCCACGUCAGCUCAGACAGACUCUGGUGAAGAAAGUGGGUGAGACAAUCAAUAUUGUGAUCCCCUUUCAGGGUAAACCAAGACCCAAAAUCACUUGGAUGAAAAAUGGUCAAACUCUGGACUCCAAAGAUGUGGGAAUUCGGAACAGCAACACAGACACAAUCCUUUUCAUCAGAAAGGCAGAACUUCAUCACUCAGGAGAAUAUGAAAUCACUCUUCAGAUAGAAAACAUGACUGAUAAAGUUGCAAUAACAAUACAAAUCGUAGACAAGCCAGGUCCUCCUCAGAGUAUAAAGCUUGUAGAUGUCUGGGGAUUUAAUGCAGCCCUGGAGUGGACACCUCCAGAAGACGAUGGCAACGCACAGAUCUUGGGCUACACAGUCCAGAAAGCUGACAAAAAGACAAUGGAGUGGUACACUGUUUUUGACCGCUAUCGUCGCACCAACUGUGUAGUAUCAGACCUGAUCAUGGGAAAUGAGUAUUUUUUUCGAGUCUUCAGUGAAAAUGUGUGUGGACUGAGCGAAGCUGCUGCAACCACCAAAAACCCUGCCUAUAUCCAAAAAACAGGCACCACUUACAAGCCACCCAGUUACAAAGAACAUGACUUCUCUGAACCUCCUAAGUUCACUCAUCCUUUAGUAAACCGUUCUGUGAUUGCAGGCUACAACACCACACUCAGCUGUGCUGUCAGAGGAAUCCCCAAGCCAAAGAUAUUCUGGUACAAAAACAAAAUGGAUCUCUCUGGGGAUGCAAAAUACCGGAUGUUCAGUAAACAGGGGGUGUUGACCCUGGAGAUCCGGAAACCCACCCCAUUUGAUGGUGGCUGUUACACCUGUAAAGCUGUUAAUGAGUGUGGGGAAGCUGAAAUAGAGUGCAGACUGGAUGUCAGAGCAUCUCAGUAAAACUCUGAAUCUCAAUCCAUCUACAAGUCAAGCAUUGAAAUGGAACUUGAAAAGAAGAGAACCGAAGAAAUUAAUGAAGGAUAAUUUCAGUUACACUGAAGAGUCCCAUUCAUCUUAAAAUUAAUUAAAUAUAUGCAUACUAGGAGGUGGCAGUGUCUUGUAGUGUCCUACUUAGCACAUUUUCAGGCAACGUUUCCUUUUUCCAUACAUCUGUUUUUGUUACA